CACAGCUCCUAAACCCAUUUGCUCACUUCGUCGUCGUCUCUCUCUCUCACUGGUAAAAAGCAAACAAUGUUGCUCCGUCGUGCAAAAACACUACCCAAAACCCUACAAAACCUCCGGUUAUUCUCUCCGGCGGCGAACGCAGCUCUAUCCCUAGAUCAUAUCCAAGAAACCCAAUUAACUUACCUCCCUGGAUUCCCUCGACCCGAUCCAAAACACGCAGAGACGAUCUUAGCCGUUCCAAGGUCUGUCUCCGGCAAGAGCAUAUCAGCGAAAGAGCGUAAAGCGGGUCGGGUUCCUUCGAUCAUAUUCGAACAAGAGGAUGGACAACACGGAGGAAACAAGAGGCUUAUUUCAGUUCAGACGAAUCAGAUCAGGAAGCUUGUGAAUCAUUUGGGUUACUCUUUUUUCCUCUCUAGGCUCUUUGAUGUUGAGGUUCGAGCUGAGAUUGGUUCUGAUGAGGUUAUUGAGAAAGUCAGAGCCUUGCCUAGAGCGAUUCAUUUGCACUCUGGGACUGAUGCUCCACUGAAUGUGACAUUCAUAAGAGCGCCUCCAGGUGCUUUGUUGAAAGUUGAUAUCCCUCUUGUGUUCAUUGGAGAUGAUGUUUCUCCUGGAUUGAAGAAAGGAGCAUCUCUGAAUACGAUUAAAAGAACAGUAAAGUUCCUAUGCCCAGCAGAGAUUAUCCCACCAUAUAUAGAAGUAGAUCUAAGCCAAUUGGAUAUCGGACAAAAGCUAGUAAUGGGAGACCUCAAGGUUCAUCCGGCUUUAAAGCUUAUAAAGUCCAAAGACGAACCCAUUGUUAAGGUCGCCGGAGGACGUGUCACUGACACGCAAAAGAAAUCGUCUGACACGCAAAAGAAAUAACACCGGUGAGUCAUAUUAACUGCGAUUAUCCGGUGCAAUCUCCAAAUGUUGACCAAAAAUGAAUGGAUCGAUCUUCUUAGAACUCUAAAGGUCCUUUCGGAUGGAGGUUUCUUUAUGUGUUAUUAUUAGUGUUGCCAGAAGAUGAAAUAUUUCCUAUCUUUUGAUUCUACAAUGCAUUUAUUUUCUAUUCACAAUCAACUACUUUUAUUUACAGACCUCUAAUAAGCGUAGAAAGGGAAACAAAAUUUAAUCUCUUUUAGAUUUGGCUCUGUUUUUUGCCAUUUAUUGUUUCUUAAAAACAUUGAAAUGUAGGCGUUAAGAAAUUGUUCGUUGUCAUCUUCAUGAAACAAUCCGUUUGAAGAUGAACAGUUUUCCUGAAAAUCUUCAUUUUCUUCACUCUACCUCUAACUUCAACACUGCUUUUCAAAUCCAC